UCGCUCAUCCAUGACGUAACGUGACGUAAUGACGCACACGGCGGAAACACAACAACAUGUCGCUAAGACAGACUCAAGGAAGAGAAAUGAACGGUCAACCGGACGUGGAAGUCGACUACAAGCGGAAGUACAGAAAUCUCAAACGGAAGUUGAAAUUUCUCGUUUAUGAACACGAAUGCUUUCAAGAGGAACUGAGGAGGGCACAGAGAAAGCUCCUCAAAGUUUCCAGAGACAAAAGCUUCCUUCUUGACCGACUGCUGCACUAUGAGAGGGUAGAUGAAGACUCCUCAGAUUCAGAUGCAACUGUUUCUUCGGAAAACAGCGAGGGAGAAGUGCUUAGGGAGAGGGACAGAGAACGAGAAGGCCCAAAGAAGCGAAGAAGUAGCUCGGGGAUGUGUCUACCGUCAUCAUCUUCGUUGCCUCAUCUCUCCCUGCUGUCCCGUUCAGGUGUUCACCCCUUGCAGUCCUCAGGCUCAGGACCUUACCUCAACACUAUGCCCUUCCCACCAGAGUAUUUGGCUCCACAAGCUGAACAAGUGAAGAAAGAGAGGAAAACAAAGGUGCCCAAAGGCAAGAAAGACACUACGGGGAAGGUCGUCACACCAAUGGCAGCUAAUUACCAAUCGGGGCCGGCGGCGGCAACUGCUGCUUCGGCGGCCAGCGGGCCUUUCAGCUGGGUACCUAGACAGAUGCUCAGCGGGGACGCUGCCGACGAGGAGGGAGACAGCGAUGCCGACAGCGACAGAGGAGAUGAAGACAGAGGCGAAGGAGACGAGGCAGAGCUAGUCAUUGACAUCCCUAAUGAGUGAGAUUGACUAUGUGUGUGUGUGUGUAUAUAUUGCAUAAGGAGAGGAUGGACUGAAUUGGACUGAAUUGCUGAAUGUGAAAAACACCAUGUGGUCAAAAGGGUUUAGACAUAAUGGCACCUACAGCAAUGUGUAUGUGGUGAUUUAUGAGAGGUCAGAGGUCACUGCUAUUGAGCCUAUGUACUCUAUGUACGUUUAUGGAAGUUGAUGGCAAAAUUUUCAAAUUGCAGGUUAAUCCAUAAUGGGAAACAUGUUAUAUUUUAGUGGAAAUCUGCCGUAUUUAAGUUUGACCAUUUAAAAAUAAGCAAAUAAUUUUGUCCUGUUUAGUUAGUGCUCCCCCUUGUGGUAACUUUGCCGAAAUGCAGCAUCACUUUGAAACACCAUAAAAA